UCGGGCUCCUUGCCUCUUGCCCGGCGCUUGGUGAUCCUCAGCCGGUGGAGGAGCAGGAAGAAAGUCCCUCGUGCCUGCCGGGGCCGAUCCGUUUAUGGCGCUGCAGCCGAGCGUCGGGGAGAUAGCUCGGCUACAGGGUGAGCCCAGUUGUUAAGAGCAGCCACAGAGAGGACUAGUGCAAAAUGAACAGCGAAGCUCAAUACGCAAGAUGCAGAGAGCACUCGAAGUGAAGCCGGCGGCCUUGAAAAUGUCUGUGUGCAGUGAUUUUGUGGAACACAUCUGGAAGCCUGGCUCCUGCAAAAACUGCUUCUGCCCCAGAAACUUCCACCAACUGCAGACGCCCCCCGCUGACCUGGGAAGGAGCAGCGCACUCUUGCGGGAUCUUAAUGGAAUCGGAGCCAAAGCGGAGAAUUUGCCUCUGGAGGAUGAUGGCGUAAUUCCCUUGCCUUACUCAAAGCCAACAAUUGCCGUUAAGCCGACGAUGAUAAACUCGGAUGUUGCUGACGUGUGGCCGGAUGGGAACCUGAGUACCGAUAUCCCACAGGUCAGCAAGAGGACAACAUUCAGAAAGCACAUCUUGAUGAAAUCUGGAGAUGAACAAAGAGCAUGCAUUGACAAAUUCAGCAACAAUGUCAUAAGGAAGUCUGCUGUUCAGAAUGCUCCAAAUGAUAGUACUUCGCACAGCCGUCCAGUGAUUGGUCCCUCUGGUUCUGAAAGAAGGGCAGAAAGAAAUAUCUCCUUCAGUAAUAUGACCUUUCUAAGUGAUGUGGGUGCACAAGAGAAUGGAGCUGAAAUUCCCAGCAAGGAGAAGUUAGCCUUGCCAUAUUUAGGCUUCUGUCACAAGUCAUCCAUUUUUAGGGACAGAUACGUUGCUCCUGCCAUGGACUCUGAGAGGUACCCUCCCAUCCACCAAAAAGGAGAGGCAUCACUUUCAGAGAAAGCCAGUAUAUCCAAUACCCCUGACUUAGAAAGUGAAGGUGGGGAGUACUGUUCUAUUGCAGACUAUUCCGGAGAGGCGCCUGUUCAUCAGGGAUUUGACAAUACUAGCACCAAAGUGGAGUGGCCUGAAAAUGAAAACCCGGUUUCUAAAUUUCAGGGGCAGGACGCUGCAGUGAUUGCAAGAGCCAAGUCCAGGGUAGUGAAUUUCAGCGAAGGGGAAAGCGGAGUCUUGAAUUCAGAACCGGACUAUCAAAGGGAGAAACCUCCUCCACGUGAUUAUGUAUAUAACCGCAUGUGCUCGGAAGCAGAGAUAUUAGCAUUUCUUCCAGAUGCGGUGCUAAAAAGCAACAGCCCGCUGGAUUUCUCUCAGGGAAAUGAUUGCUGUCCGCUGGUCAGGGAAUCAGAACCAAUGGAAGGCAAGCGUAUAGAAAAUGUAAAUCAUUCUGCAGAGCAAGAGUUUUCCGGUCAAGUGGGCCCUCAGAAUGAGCCUAUCUAUGCGGAGAGUACAAAGAGGAAAAAGGCGCAGCUAAGUAAUUCCAACACACAUCCAAGGAGUGAUGCCUUGGCGUGUAGCCCAUGUAAAGAUCAAGAGGGUGGCCUUUGGAGAGAGAGGACUCUCCACUUGAGCUGUGAAAAGGAGUUUCAAGAUUCUGCCACGCAAGUAGCAGCGACUAUAACCAUUAUGGCAGCCCACACAGAAGAUGACAACCGGACAAUAUUUCUUAGCAGCCCAGACUCAGCUGUUGGGGUCCAGUGGCCCAGUGUUAGCCCCACUGCUAAUUCAGAGCCUGGAAAAACAUCGCCUUUCUUUGAGCCCAGGGAGUUGCCACGAGCAAACAGCCACGAGAUGGCUUCAAGGGAAAAUGGCUCUGGUCUCCAGUCCCCAAUAGGUAGCAAGUACAUGAUUGGUGAGACUCCAGCUAUUCCCCCAAAGUUGUCCAAAGGCAGCCCACCUAGAAGCGAAGGGUCUCUCACACGAUCAGUGAGUUCUUCUACUGCAGAAACCUGUGACAGCCCUGGCCAUGAAGAUGUUGACAUUCCAAGCAAUGGGGCUGACUGCCCUAUCUCUGGGCCGUCAUCCUCCCUGUGUUCACAUGUGACCAGAAUCUCUCUCGAAGAGCCCAACAGAAGUCUGUCUCCCUCAAGUUCUGAGAGAAGACAGAAAUAUCACAAUCUUCCCUGGAGCAGGCAAUGCAGGAUAGAGGAAGAAGAGGAAGAAGAGCAGGGACUCUUGAAAAGUAUGCCAGAGAUGGAAACGAGGAAUGGAGCAAGAAGUCCUCCGAGUUCUUCUAAUUUCCAUCAGGGGGGAAACUGCUCUUUACAAGAGAACAAGCUCGGAGGAAUGAGCAAGUCAGCAUCUUUUGCCUUUGAGUUCCCUAAAGACAAGAAUGGAAUGGAGGACUUUGCACCACCCCCUCCGCCUCCAAAGAAACAAUCCAGGCAUUUUCUGAAAAUGAACAAAAGUAAUUCUGAGUUGGAGAAGCUUAACAGCGAUUCAACAGAAAACCUCAGUCCCGCUUUACAGAGGAUUCACGUCACUUUCACAGGCGGCUCCACCGACAGUUUGAAUUUGGACACAAAUGCAUUCAGCAAUGGAGGACAGUUGUGCAAAACGGGUCUUCGUUCGCCCACCCGCACUGCGAAGCAGCUCUUUCCUCUGGCUCAUUUCUCCGCAUGCCCCAGCAAAGGCGGGCCGCCCUGCAAACCCUCACAGCCACCCCCGCUGCCACAAAAGAAAACGGUCAGCAGAGCCGUUUCCUCUCCUGAUGGCUUCUACUGUGGACCAGCCUCGCCGGCAAGGGCAGCGGUUCCCUCCAGUCCCAAGUUGAACUUCAGUCAGUCGGAAAGUAACGUCUGUAACCGUGAGGAGCCCCUGUUUGGCUGUCAUUUGGGGAUUAACCAACGGACAUUUUCUUCCUCGGAAUCACUGGAGAAAGCCUUCAAAGGUUCCCAUUUCCCUUUCCCCUGUUCUGGAACGAACAGCAAUCCCUGCUGCAGCCAGAACAAAAACUUGCCGUCUCGUUCUUGCUCCCAACACAGCAUGUCCACCCAGGUCUCCUCGGGUUCCAGCCUCCAGCUCCACAACCUGCUCAGCAACAUCGACAGCAAGGAGGGGGUGUACGCCAAAUUAGGGGGGCUCUACGCGGAGUCCUUGCGCCGCCUUGUUUUGAAAUGUGAAGACUGUUUUAUGCGUGACCAGAAGAGUGAGCUGCAUUUCAGUGAGAACAACUGGUCUCUCUUCAAACUGACGUGUAACAAGCCUUGUUGUGAUUCAGGGGAUGCCAUAUAUUACUGUGCCACUUGCUCGAAGGACCCCUCUAGCACCUAUGCAGUGAAGAUCUGUAAAUCCCAAGACACUAAAGCCGCCGCCUCCUGCUGCAGCCCCUCUGUUCCCAUCCACUUCAACAUCCAGCAGGACUGCGGCCAUUUUGUCGCCUCUGUGCCCUCCAGCAUGCUGAAGAACGCCCCCACGGAUGGCCAGUGCCCCUCCCGCGCCGGCGCAGAGCAAGACUGCGUGGUGGUCAUCACCCGCGAAGUGCCGCACCAGACCGCCGCUGAUUUUGUCCGGGACUCCGGGCCUUUCCACAAAACGAAGCCAGAGCUGUAUGAGCGGCGCGUCUGCUUCCUGCUCCUGCAGCUCUGCAAUGGGCUGGAGCACCUCAAAAAGCACAGCGUCAUUCACAGGGACCUUUGCCUGGAGAACUUGCUGCUGAUCCACUGCAGGCCUCUGCCCGGCAGCUGCGGUCAAACCAAAGAGGACAAGCGCCUGCCCAGACUCAUCAUCAGCAACUUUUUGAAAGCCAAGCAGAAGCCGGGGGCUGCAGAGUCCAAAGCGAAGAAGAACCAGGCCCGGCUGGCUCCCGAGAUCGUCUCCGCCUCCCAGUACAAAAAGUUUGACGAGUUCCAAACCGGCAUCCUCAUCUAUGAGCUUCUGCACCAGCCCAACCCGUUUGAAGUGAAGGCCGACCUGAGGGAGCAGGAGUACAGCCAGGACGACCUCCCGCCCCUCCCCAACCUCUCCAUCUAUUCUCGGGGUCUCCAGCAGCUGGCUCACCUGCUGCUGGAAGCAGACCCCAUCAAACGCAUCAGCAUCCUCGAGGCCAAGCGGGUCGUGCAGUGCCUGCUUUGGGGGCCCAGGAAAGACCUAACAGACCAGCCCCUCAACCACGAGGAAGCCCUCCACGGGACCCUGCGCAACUGGAUUGACAUGAAACGGGCGCUGCUCAUGAUGAAGUUUGCCGAGAGGGCCGUGGACGCGGAGCGCAACGUGGAACUUGAGGACUGGCUCUGCUGUCAGUAUUUAGCCUCCGCGGAGCCAUCUUCUCUCCGGAAGUCCCUGAAACUGCUUCAGCUGCUUUGACCUCUGGGGCGUUUUAAAAACGCGGCGCCGGUUCGAAGAGAAAUUGCACAAGAGUUUUCUGGGAGAAACUAGAUGGGAAACCGUAGGCAUGCCAGUUCCCUUUGGGAGAUGAUAACUGAGUAAAACAGGCCAUGAUUCAUAUUCAAACACACCUGCACAAAGAUCAAAAUCCGUGUGCGUUUUGUGCUAAGGAUCAUUGUGGGUGUUGUAAACUUGUAAACAGUGUACCUGGAAUCUACCGCCAAGUGUGUUGCAUUCUGUGUAACUCUUGGUAACCUUUUUUAAACAGUGUGUUUUUCCUAAUUCGGGGGACUUUGUUCUGGCAAGAUUCUGUUUUGUUUUGUUUUGUUACCAUCAUGGUGA